UACAACUGCUCUUUUAUGGAAGAGGGAGGUGGGGAGCAUUCACAAUUACACCUCGCUGUCAACCACUCGGUAUCACAUGCACGUGCAUUUGAGCACAGUCUUGCGCAAAAACUCUGAUCAGCACCGGAAGGUCUGAUAUCUGGUUUUUAGUGUCCCACGCGAAGCCACUUAACUGUGCGUGCCCCCGCGAUGUGGGUCCGAAUUGCGAACUGACGAAUGAUCACGGAUAAAGCGGAGGAACCCCUUCGGCUUCCCGAGGAGAGGCGAGGCUGACGGCUGUCACGAUGCAAGGACUGGACAACAGCACCUUCCAGUCUAACAUCCCAAUGGCUGCUGACAUCACAGUGGGCAUAUUUUACUCCCUUUUUGGUGUUUGUUCGCUCUGUGGAAACAGUAUGCUGCUGUAUGUGUCCUACAAAAAGAAGCACCUCUUAAAACCAGCCGAAUUCUUCAUUGUUAACCUGGCCAUCAGUGACCUGGGCAUGACCCUCAGCCUCUACCCCCUCGCGGUCACCUCAAGCCUCGCACACAGAUGGCUUUAUGGAAGGACAGUGUGUGUGAUCUAUGCCUUCUGUGGUGUUUUGUUCGGGAUCUGCUCUCUGACCACUCUCACUAUUCUGAGCACUGUUUGCUGCCUCAAAGUCUGCUAUCCACUUCACGGUAAUAGGUUCACUUAUGAGCACGGUCGUGUGUUAAUAGCAUGCGCGUGGGCCUACGCACUCGUGUUCGCAUGCUCCCCCCUCACCCACUGGGGGCAGUACGGUCCUGAACCCUAUGGCACAGCUUGCUGUAUAGACUGGGCCUGGUCCAAUCACGACUCAGUUGCUCGCUCCUACACCUCUGUGCUCUUCAUUGCCUGUUACCUGCUGCCAUGUGGUAUCAUCAUCAUCUCCUACACACGCAUACUGCUCACGGUCCGAGAGUCCCGCAGAGCGGUGGAGCAACACAUCUCAGCACAGACACGCAUGGGAAACAUCCAGGCCAUCAUUGUGAAGCUGAGUGUGGCGGUGUGUAUAGGAUUCUUCACUGCAUGGAGUCCAUAUGCACUAGUGUCUAUGUGGGCGGCGUUUGGCCACUUUGAGGACAUCCCGCCCCUGGCAUUCGCCAUCCCUGCAGUUUUUGCCAAGUCCUCCACCCUUUAUAACCCUCUCAUCUACCUCUUGCUCAAACCCAACUUCCGCCACCUCCUCUGCAAGGACAUGCGCUCCCUGCGAGGGGUUUGCAUGCACCACUGCCUGUGCCAUUGUUUUCCCCGCUGGAGGUAUCGCCCAUCACUAGCCCUCAGUCUGCGGCCCCUGCGGCGUCAAGGCCAAUCCAUCUCAGAAUCAAUGGGGGGGCCUGUAGGUCUGUUUCAUUGCCCUUGUGAGAGGUGCAAUGACCCAUUUGAGCAGUUUAAGCACUACCCACGCCGCUGUCCCGUCACCGUGAACACUGUGCAGUUGUCUCUGCAGGACAGCACCGAACUCGAAUUGGAGCCGGAGCUGGAACGAAAACCUAGAGUGAUAAAAGAACGCAAACUAAAGAGCCAAUCAAUUGAGUGUAAGAAGUCUGUGCGGGUGAUCGUGAGGGGGCGGAAAUGUUCUGAGAUUGACAGUCUGGAGAUCACCUUGGAAACAGUGCCUGCUCUCGGCAAUGCUGCCAAAAACGCCAAACUGUAACACCUGAGUCUAUGCAUGGGUGUGUGUUUAUACGCAUGUGGUGCUUGUGUGUAUUCACUUGUCUCAGAGGGGAGUAAAUUGAUUUUUUUUUUUUUUUUUUUUUUUUUUACAUAUGCCUCAGUUAAGACUCUGACAACAAAUGACUUUCUGUAGUAUUGUGUGUUAAUUUGUCUGUAAUGGAGUGCAAUGAUUGUUUUUUAAAUUCAUUUUUUUGUAAGAAAAGUUUUCUUAAGAACAACUGACACAAUAUUGGUGUUUUUUUAAACUCAUUGAAUUUUUAAAUGAAGUGUUAUUCAUGUCUUAUAGCUACACAUGCAUUCUUGAAGUCGCUUUAAUCAGUGUAUAGCUGUUGGAGGAACAUCCUUUUAAAUCACUUUGGGCUCUUCACACUUGAAAUAGUUAACCCUUGGUUAUUCUAAACCUCUGGGUGAAUUGAAUCCUGGGUUAAUUUGCUUCAUGUUUCAUAUUGCUUAUAAUUACCAGGGGGUUAACAAUUAAUCCUGGGUAUUCGUACGCUGUUUCACACCGUACAUCCUAAACCCCCGGUUAAUGUUCUUAUAUGCAUAUUUGCGAUGUCAGUGUCACUGACUUCAUGAAUGCAGCACUCAACCUGUUUACAUAACAGCUUUAGCAUUAUGUAAUUCAUAUUAUAUAUUGCAUAU